UGGCUCUAGCCUUUGUGGGGGUACAAGGGCUGUGCGGUCUCGCCCAUUGGCCUCGCACUGCGAAGCCGUUGGCAGCAAGAUCCAUGUCUGAGAAGGAGGAGGAGAAGAAGGGGGACAAGGGGGACAAGGACAAGAGAUCAAUGAUGUCCCCAGAAGGCGACAAAGCGGUGGCUUCCGCGUCGGCUACACCGAUGAGCGGUGCGGAGACCCCGGAGAAGGACGCGAGCAAGGUGAAGGGCUCCAGCGUCAAAGAGUCCAAAGGCACCAAGUCCGAAGUCUACAAGGACCCUAACGUCACGGGCGCAGCCGAGGAGGUGUUGCCCGAGGAUUCCGAGGAGGUCCAUCAAGCCACGCCCAUUUCCAAGGCGGGCCUGGAGACGCCCCUCACCGACGAGAAGAAGAAGAGCGGCUGGGCCGACAAGAAGAAGUUCGCGGCCAAGUUUGCCGACAAGCGCGGGAAGGAGAGGAAGAAGGACCUGAAGGGAGCGAAGGCCAAGGACAACAAGGACAACAAGGGCCUCAAGAACAAGAACCCGAAGAACAAGAAGCCCAACAAGGGCAAGAAGCCUAACAAGCCCAACAAGACCAACAAGCCCAACAAGAGGGCCAACAAGGGCCAAGCCAACAAGGCGAGCACUAGGAAAGGCGACAAGAAGAAGUUGGACAAGGACAAGGCGAAGACCGACAAGGAAAACACAGACAAGAAGAAUGAGAAGGACAGCAGGUACAAGAAGCCCGGGAAGCGUCAGAAGGACGGGACGGACCUGGAGGGCGAGGUGACCCCUGUGACGGUAGACAAGCGAAAGGACCGAGGACGGAAGGGCAUCAAGCUGAACCAGGUGAAGAAGCACAAGGCCAAGCCCGCGAGCUCCCGGCGCGCGGGCUGCAUCUUCCCGGUGGCGCGGAUCCACCGCUUCCUGAAGUCGUACGCCACCUCCAAGUGCCGCGUGGGCGGCUCUGCGGGCAUCUUCACGGCGGCCGUCAUGGAGUACCUGGCCGCGGAGGUGCUGGAACUGGCCGGGAACGUGUGCGCGGACUACCACUUGAAGCGCAUCACGCCCCGGCACUUGCAGAUCGCCAUCCGGGGCGAUGAGGAGCUCGCCAACCUCGUGAAGGCAACGAUUGCCGGGGGCGGUGUGGUGCCGAACAUCAACCGGAACUUGUUUCCGAACAUCCGUCUCAGAGAGGAGGAGCUGUACAAGACCAAGCCGUCCACCCGCCGGUCUCGGCACGUGGACCCUGGACAGGAGUCAGGUACGCGCCAGAUGUCGCCCAGGACGUCGCCCCUGGCGUCCUCCACGCCUGCCGGGGAGUAUUGAUCGGGCGAGUGGAUCGCUGGCUUCUUAUGGCCGGGACGCACCCGGAGGCGCUGAAGUCAUGU